AGAGGCUGGCGUGCGGUGCAUUGUGGGCUAGGGGAGAGGUGGGGUCAUUUUGGGGAGCCAUGGACAACAAUCGAGAUGUGCCAGGGAAAGCCAGCCGGUGGUUUGGAGUCACGAUGCCCAAGUCAAUGAAAGCCAACGUGAACAUCCUUCAUCAGGAGAAGCUGAUCGCCCAGAAGAAGCGCGAGAUUGAGGCCAAGAUGGCCAAGCGUGGCCAAGUGGCCAGUCAGCAGUCGGCACAGAACAGCGAUGACGACAGCGGAGAUGGUGAAGGCAGCGUUUCCAACAAGUUUGCCAAUGACGGGAGCUUCCUCCAACAGUUCCUCAAGCUGCAGAAGGAGAAAUCCGGGAAUGAUGCUUCCUCCAGCUCCACUGAAGCCUCCUCAACAAACACGCCGGCUUCCGGUCCCGUGAAAAAGCCUGCCUUGUCCGGGAAGCGCCCCAACUUGAGCGUCAGCAGCAUGCUGAGCCAAGUCAAGAACUACACCCAUUCCAAGCAGACCCCCGUGACCAACCGCCUGAGCGUCUUUCAGUCACCGGAUGAGGAGGAUGAAGACGACUAUGAGCAGUGGCUGGAGAUCAAAAUUUUACCCCCAGAGGAUAUGAAGACCCGCCGCGUGGUGGAGAAGCUGGCCAGGGUGGUGGCCGAAGGGGGACCGGAUCUGGAGAAGGUCGCGCUGGAAGACUGCAAGGAUAACCCAGUAUUUGCGUUUUUGCAUGAUAAGAACAGCCGGGAGUUUCUGUACUACCGAAAGAAACUGGCCGAGAUGUGGAAGAAGGGGCAAGACAACACGGAGGGGACCUCUUCUCAAAAAGUUUCACCCCCAGAGGACGAAGACACCAAGGACUGCGCCGAGAAGCUGGCCAGGUUCGUGGCGGAUGGGGGCCCCGUUGUGGAAAUGGUCGCCUUGAAGAACCACCGGGAGAACCAGUCCUUCAGGUUUUUGUACGAGCCCAACAGCCCCGGCUACAAGUAUUACCGUCAGAAGCUGGAGGAGUUCCGGAAGGCCAAGGAAGAUGCUGAGGGCGUGCCUUUAGUGCCGGAGCCCAGCCUGAAGCGCAGAGCCACUCCCGAGGGGGGACCCUGUUCCUCCACGACACCAGUGGUCUCAUUGCUCAAGCCGGUGGCGGCGGCGGCGGCAGCCGCGUCCACAUCCACAUCCAUGUCAAAGAAGAAGCGGAAAAGCCGGUGGGGCCCCGAGGAAGAGAAGGUCGACCUCCCCCCUCCAGAGCUGGCACAGACAGAAGACCCUUCGCCCACUCCGUUGUCGGUCCAGGACCUCAAGGGUCUCGGCUACGAGAAGGGGAAGCCGGUCGGCCUGGUGGGCGUGACAGAGCUCUCGGAUGCUCAGAAAAAACAGCUGAAGGAGCAGCAGGAGAUGCAACAGAUGUACGACAUGAUCAUGAAGCACAAACGGGCCAUGCAGGAGAUGCAGAUCAUGUGGGAGAAGACUGUCAGGGAUCACCAGCACGGCUACGACAGCGACGAGGAAGUGGACUCCGAGCUGGGCACGUGGGAGCACCAGUUGCGGCGGAUGGAGAUGGACAAGACUCGGGAGUGGGCCGAGCAGCUGACACAGAUGGGCCGAGGGAAGCACUUCAUCGGAGACUUCCUGCCGCCGGAUGAGCUGGAGAAGUUCAUGGAGACCUUCAAAGCACUGAAGGAGGGUCGUGAGCCUGACUAUUCGGAAUACAAGGAGUUCAAGCUGACAGUGGAGAACAUCGGCUACCAGAUGCUGAUGAAAAUGGGCUGGAAGGAAGGAGAUGGCCUUGGGUCCGAAGGCCAAGGCAUCAAGAACCCCGUCAACAAGGGAGUGACGGCGGUGGAUGGGGCUGGGUUCGGCAUCGAUCGUCCUGCUGACCUCACCAAAGAAGACGAUGAGUAUGAAGCAUUCCGCAAGAGGAUGAUGCUGGCCUACAGGUUCCGGCCCAACCCCCUGAACAACCCCAGACGUCCUUACUAUUGACUGGGUGCUGCCCGUUUUCCUCCUCCGAGCGGUGGUUUGUUUGUACUGUGAGAUGUUAACAAAAGUCAAUAUUCUCCUCCUCCCCCUGUGCCCCCCUUUUCUUUCUUGUUGAAAAACAUUCUGUUAUAAUAUAUAACUCCUAGCCAAGAGUGUUGAAGUUGUUUCUAGUGGGGGGGGGGGCGGGGUUGCAGGGUUUCUUUAGUGGACCGAGGUGGAGGAGAGGGGUACAGUCAAAAUGCUCAGCCUGAAGUCAGAGAAAGAGGAAAGGGCCGAUGCCCACCCCAAACCUUUUGAGGUUUCGAGUGUGGACGUUACGGUGGGCCGAGCGAAAAGCAUUCUUCGGCCUCUAAGGGAAGAGGUCCCACUGAGGUCUUGUUCCUCUGCGCUGUCCCCACCAGGAAAGGUGCCCCAGCAGAACACAACACUUGGGGUGAUGGAGAGAUCUUGAAUGGCGAGGAGGCAGAGUGGGGGGGGGCUUUGCUCUCUCCUCCCUCAAAUGGUUGAGAGUCAGCUCUCUCCCCUCCUUUCAGGCCAGGUGGCAGGAAGAUGACACCAGAGUCUUACAGAUUCCUUUGAGGCGCUUAGUUUUCCUUAGGGAGAAAAGAGAUCCUUUGGGGGGCAGGGAAGUGCCCAACGGGCUGUUGAUCCAGCCGUGGCCUGUGUCAGAGGAGGGCUGGUUGUCCUUUUCAGAAAGGAGAAAUGAAAUUCAGUCUGGCAACCGAAAACAAACAGCAGGGAUCCCUGAAUUGAGUCCCGGUGUCUGUCCUGUUUCAGUGCGAAGGUGCUUUCCUUCUCAAACACCACCAGAGACCCCUAAGACUUCUUCUCAUCUACCCCCCCCCCCCAACACUCUCAGCAGCAAGACCUAGUCUUCGGUUUGUAUCCUGCCCCCCUUCUCUCCCCCAGAGUACAGAGCGACUUGUGCCACUUUUAGUAUUUUUUUAUUUUCAGGUCAGUUGUUUUUCUUUGUUUAAUCUUGCAGAGCUGUAGAGUUUAUGCUUUUUUGGCUUUUGACAAAAUAAUAAAGUUGCAAAAUGAUAUCAACCUCA